GGCACUAAUUUGCAGCACUGAUAGGCGACACUGAUGAUGGGUACUGAUAGAUGGCACUGACUGGCACAACCGCUGGGCACUGCUGGGCUGCACUGGUGGGUGGCACUGGUGGGUGGGCACAGGUGGGUGGCACUGGUGGGCACAGGUGGGUGGCACUGCUGGGCACAGGUAGGUGGCACUUCUGGGCACAGGUGUGUGACACUGCAGAGUGGCACAGGUGGGUGCACUGCUGGGCACAGGUGGGUGCACUGCUGGGCACAGGUGGGCGGAACUUGUGGGUGGCACUGCUGGGCACCGAUCAUCAGGGCACUGAUCAUCAGUGGCCCUGAUGAUCGGUGCCGAUCCUCGCUCUGACAACUGCCGGUUCUUGGCAGUACUUUCCUCACGAUCUGACAGCGUGAGGAAAGUGCAGCCGAGAACCGGCACUUGCAU